AAAUGGCUUUCUCCGAAGCUUUAGCCUAUAUUCUGGUCGCCACCGCCCUGAUCGCGGCUGGACCGACAACGGCGCAGCUGAGCCCGACGUUCUACGACGCGAGAUGCCCGAACUUGUCCUCCAUUGUGGAAGAUGUCGUGAGACAAGCUCUCCUAACUGAUGCCCGCGCAGGCGCCAAACUCAUUCGCUUCCAUUUCCACGACUGUUUUGUUAAUGGAUGUGAUGGGUCAGUUCUACUAACAGAUUCCGUUGAAGACAACAUCGAUAGUGAACAAAAUGCAGCGGGAAACCAAGGGAUACAAGGCGAAAAUAUCGUCAACGAUAUCAAAACAGCUGUUGAAAAUGCAUGCCCAAAUCUCGUCUCAUGUGCUGACAUCUUAGCUAUUGCAUCGAAUUCAGCUGUCGUUUUGGCUGGAGGAAGAGGCUGGGAGGUUCAGCUGGGAAGAAGAGACAGUAGAGAAGCAAAUAGAUCUGGAGCUGUAAGCAACCUUCCCAGUCCUUUUGAACCUCUUGCAAAUCUCACCGUCAAAUUCGCUAACGUCGGUCUCAAUUCCACCGACCUCGUUGCUUUAUCGGGUGCGCACACGUUUGGGCGUUCGAGGUGCAUAUUCUUCAGCAGGCGAUUAACCAACUUUAGCGGAUCGGGGCUUCCCGAUCCGACUCUAGAGCCAGCCUACCGGGAGACCCUGAUCGAGGCAUGUCCUGCAGGCGGCGACAACAACCGGAUCAACCUGGAUCCGACGACUCCAGACGAAUUCGACAAGAACUAUUUCACGAAUCUCCAAGCCAACCGGGGGCUUCUCACCAGCGACCAGGUGCUGUUCUCCACCGACGGCGCCGACACCAUCGAGAUUGUGAACCGGUUUGCGGCCAGCCAAGAAGCGUUCUUUGAUGGGUUUGGAGCGUCCAUGAUCAAGAUGGGGAAUAUUCGCCCGUUGACUGGAACUGAUGGGGAGAUUCGUUUGACUUGUACUCGGGUCAAUCCUUUGCCUGCUGUGGCAGAUAUGUAAAUUUCUUUACUUUUUUGUGUGUUUUGUUUUGUUUGUUCGGGGAUUUUAAUGAAAUAAUUGGUGUUUGUUUUGUGAAUGUGCGAGAGUGUCUUCUCAGCUCGUGUUUAUUGUAACUAAUAAUAUGAUAUGGGUUGUGAAUC